GCUCUUCACGCGCGGCGUUCGCAGCCCGAAGCCGGCGCCGCGGGAAGCCCUGGCGGGGUGUGUGUGCCGUGUGCGUGCGGCGUGUCUCCUGGCAGCGGAGGUGGUGCGCCGAGGAGGAGCGGCCGGCGCUGAAGGGUCCAUGUACUCCCCAGCUGCCUCAUAGCCAACGAUGACCCUGAACUUCUGACCUGUCUGGCUCUACCUCCUACAUCCUGGGAAUAUAGACAUGUACCUCCAUACCCAGGUUAUGCGCUGCUGAGGCUCUCACCCAGGUCCUCGUGCAUGCUAGAAAAGAAAGUGAAAUCUCAGUGAAGAAAGUGAUUUGACCAGGUUUCCAAACUGGUCAGUACAAAAGCAGAAGUUGAACCAGUACCUCACACUGACCUGGUGUUGUUCAUUCAGUUAUAUUUCCUGUUUCUCUACUGGAGUAAAGAUACAAGGUUCUCUGUCAUUCACAGAAAAAAAUGGAUCAUUUAGGACUUUGGAGGACUCAGUUAUCAUACUCCUAUAGCAUCAACUAAGAUUUAUGACAGUUAAUCUGUGACAAAAGUUUCUAUAUUAUAAAACCACUGAAGACCUGAAAGAAAAUACUCUUUCACAUAAAAAUCUUGCAGUGUCAUAUUACUAAAAAAAAUUAAAAAGCUUAACUAUUAAAUUAUUGGACUUGCUAUACAAGCACACAUGUGCAAUAGCUACUGUAUACUCAUAGUUACCAAGCCUCAAAUUUAAAUUUUUUUCAUGAGAAUUUAUAUUUUGCAAGGAGCCAUUGAACAUUGUCAUUAAAUAUUUUUUCAGCUAAGUGUCAGGAAAUUGUUUUGAAACAAGCACAAGAAACUUCCAAGUCCCACCACUGAGUGGAUUUUGUAUCAUGGCAGCAACAUACAGACUUGUGGUUAGUACUGUGAACCACUACAGCAGUGUGGUGAUAGACCGACGUUUUGAGCAAGCUAUACAUUAUUGCACUGGAACCUGCCAUACCGUCACGCAUGGAGUAGACUGCAUUGUGGUACAUCAUAGUGUUUGUGCAGAUCUCUUACACAUCCCUUUGUCUCACUUCAAAGAUGUGGAUCUGAACUCUGUGUUUCUACCCCAUGGAAAUGGACUUUCCUCAGCUGAAGGUGACUAUGCCCAUCAGGCCCUCACAGGCAUAUCUAGGGGCAAGAGAAUAUCUACAUUUCAGAAUACCAGUAAUGUAAAGGACAUUGCAGGAGAAGCAAUCAGCUUUGCCAGUGGGAAAAUAAAAGAAUUUUCUCUUGAAAAACUCAAAAACUCUAACCAUGCAGUUUACAAAAAGGGAAGAAAAGUUAAAUCUGACUCAUUUAACAGGAGAUCAGUUGAUUUUGACUUGCUCUGUGGCCAUUAUAACAGUGAUGGAACCUCUCCAUCCUUUGGCUUACUUCGGAGUUCCUCAGUGGAAGAAAAAUCUUUAUCUCACAGAAAUUCACUUGACACAAACCUGACAUCCAUGAUUCUUCAAAACUUCUCUGAACAAGACCUGGUUACACAGAUUUUAGAAAAACAUAAAAUAGAUAAUUUUUCUUCUGGAACAGACAUAAAAAUGUGCUUGGAUAUCUUACUGAAAUGUUCAGAGGAUUUGAAAAAAUGCACAGAUAUCAUAAAACAGUGCAUUAAAAAAAAGUCAGGAAGUAGUGUCAAUGAAGGAAGUGGGAAUGAUACAAUUUCUAACUCUGAAACUGUCUAUAUGAAUGUAAUGACCAGGUUAGCGUCCUAUCUGAGAAAGUUGCCAUUUGAAUUUAUGCAGUCUGGGAAUAAUGAAGCCAUCGAUUUAACAGAGCUAGUCAGUGAUAUGCCUACCUUACAGCUGACUCCCUUCUCACCAAUAUAUGGCACUGACCAGCCCCCAAAAUAUGAAGAUGUUGUCCAGCUCUCAUCCCCUGAUUCUAAACAGUUUCAAACUAUUGAUUUUCAAGAUGAGGUGCAUGAUUCUGAACAAACAGGCACUGUAAAAACCAUUCCAAACAACUCCACAAAUGCCUUGUAUCACUUGGAAGUAAAUGAUCCCAGGACUCUAAAAGGUGUCCAGCAUCAGUCACCAUCAAAAACCAUGAAUACAUUAGAGAAUAUUUCUUCAGAUGACUUAAUGGAAACUCUUUAUAUUGAAGAAGAGCCAGAUGGAAAGAAAGCAUUAUUAGAUAAAGGACAAAAAACAGAAAAUGGACCCAGUCAGGAGCUGUUAAAAAUAACUGAACAUAGAGCAGAAUUUGCAGACCAUGAUACUCAUCUUAAGAGAUGUUCUUCCUCAGUACAGAACGAAAUUGGUAAGAUAUUUGAGAAGCCAGUUGUCCAUCUACCUGAGGAAAAGUCUAAAUCAGAAGUUCCCAAAGUAAACAUAGGCGAUCAGAGCUAUCUUAUGAACCCUAGUAGUCAGGAAGAGAUAGAUAAAUUACUAAUGGAUUUGGAAUCAUUUUCACAGAGGAUGGAGACUUCUCUUAGGGAGCCGCUUGCCAAGGGGAAAAGCCCCUGUUCUUUAAACAGUUGCAGUCAUUUGACUGGUCAGAACCUUGCAGAUCUUGAACCCAAGCCUAAAGUCUCUUCACCUGCAGAAAAAGUCUCACCUUCCUGUCUAACAAGAAUUAUUGAAACCAAUGGACAUAAAAUAGAAGAAGAGGACCGAGCCCUCUUACUGAGAAUUCUGGAAAGCAUUGAGGACUUUGCUCAGGAACUAGUUGAAUGUAAAUCAGGUAAAGGGAGCCUGUCUCAAGAAAAGGAAAUGAUGCAGAUUCUACAGGACACUUUAACAGCCUCCUCCCAAGCCAGCGUACCAGUCAGCAGAAGCUCUGCUGGUGAUAGAGCCAAAGAUGCCACUUCAGUUGUUUUGAUUCAGCAGACACCAGAGGUGGUAAAGAUUCAAAACAAACCAGAAAAGAAGCCUGCAACACCACUUCCACCACCAGCCACCCUCCCAAGUAGUCCACAACCUGACUCUCCUGUUCCUCAUGUCAAUAAUGUGGUGAAUGUACCAUUAUCUGUAAACAUUCCACGGUUCUACUUUCCCCAAGGACUGCCAGAUACCUGCAGUAACCACGAACAGACCCUAAGCAGGAUUGAAACUGCUUUCAUGGAUCUCGAAGAUCAGAAGGCAGAUAUUUAUGAAAUGGGGAAGAUUACAAAGGUCUGUGGCUGUCCUCUCUAUUGGAAAGCCCCCAUGUUCAGGGCUGCAGGGGGAGAGAAGACUGGAUUCGUGACAGCACAGGCAUUCAUUCCCAUGUGGAGAAAGUUGCUGAAUAACCAUCAUGAUGAUGCCUCUAAGUUCAUCUGGCUUCUAGCAAAGCCCAGCUGCACCUCUCUAGAACAGGAGGAUUUCAUCCCUCUACUUCAGGAUGUGGUAGAUACACACCCUGGCCUUACUUUCCUGAAAGAUGCUCCAGAAUUCCACUCUCGUUACAUCACCACGGUUAUUCAGAGGAUAUUCUACACGGUCAACAGAUCUUGGAGUGGAAAAAUUACUUCGACUGAGAUAAGAAAAAGCAACUUUUUGCAAACUCUAGCUCUUUUGGAAGAAGAGGAAGAUAUAAACCAAAUCACAGAUUACUUCUCCUAUGAACAUUUCUAUGUUAUUUAUUGUAAAUUCUGGGAACUAGAUAGUGAUCAUGACCUAUACAUCAGCCAGACUGAUCUGUCUCAAUACAAUGACCAGGCUUCAUCAAAUAGAAUUAUUGAAAGGAUAUUCUCUGGGGCAGUAACAAGAGGUCAAACAGUACAGAAAGAGGGAAGAAUGAGUUAUGCUGAUUUUGUCUGGUUUUUGAUUUCUGAGGAAGACAAAAGGAACCCCACCAGCAUUGAGUAUUGGUUUCGCUGCAUGGAUUUGGAUGGAGAUGGUAUACUUUCCAUGUAUGAGCUGGAGUACUUCUAUGAAGAGCAGUGUGAACGAAUGGAAGCCAUGGGCAUUGAGCCCUUGCCAUUCCAUGAUUUGUUAUGCCAGAUGCUUGACUUGGUGAAGCCAGCCAGAGAUGGCAGAAUCACUCUACGAGAUCUGAAGAGGUGUAGAAUGGCUCACAUCUUCUAUGACACUUUCUUUAACCUGGAGAAAUACUUGGACCAUGAACAGAGAGAUCCCUUUGCAGUCCAGAAGGAUGUUGAGAAUGAUGGCCCUGAGCCCUCUGACUGGGACAGAUUUGCUGCCGAGGAGUACGAGACUCUCGUCACAGAGGAGUCUGCCCAAGCCCAGCUCCAGGCAGGCUCCUUUGAAGACUACGAAGCAGACGAACCUGCUUCCCCCUCUGAAUUUGGAAACAAGGGCAACAAAACAGUAACGUCAAGCCUUCCAGAGAAAUGUGGAAAGCUUCAGUCAGUAGAUGAAGAGUAACUGCCAUCGUCUACACGAAAGGAAAAUAAUGUGUAUCUCAAAUACUUGUGUGAAGAGAUACUCUAGUCUGCAUACUGUUUCCUAAAGGCUUUGAUUUCUCUCAAGUGUGUGUAUCCACUAAGAACUUUGAAGUGUUUUAAGUAAUGGGUCUAUGUACACACAAUGUAAAAAGACGACUUCCAGUUGGCCUCAGGCAUCUUGCAGAGGUUUUCCUCUGUGAAUAUGACAACAUGCCAUACCCUCCGAAGACUGUGAAUCAGCACUCUACAACCCCGAAUGUUCCAAGGCUCUGUUGGAAUCAAUGCCAAAUACCAUUCUCUGCACAGAAGCAGAAGUUGCCUCAGCAUUGGCCAGCCUCCCUGAGGCCCCUCAGGGCUCCUAUGGAGCCUGGAAGAAACCUUCACUUGGAAAGAUCUUGAGUCAGAAAACCUGGAACUUGAUAGUGAAGGCCUCCAGAACUAACUUGUAGUCCCAGUAAUAAAAGCACUGCCAAACAUCUCAGAGACUUUUAGCUAUAUGUACUGGAGUUCAGAGAUCUUGAGCGUACCUGGUUUAAUGUAAUUUCACAACCUGCCAAACUGCUAGUCACUUUACAUCCUCAGGUAUUGUAACCACUGGUCCUUCCAACUUUGCUGGCAAGCUCUGACAUCCUCCCCAUCCUGACUGUGGCUCUUACAUAAACUCUCAAGAAAAAAAAAUUCUUAAAAUGAACAUACAGAAUUCAACUCAUACUUGAAAAUGUGGGGUGGGGGGAUGUCAUAGUUUACCUAACAUGUGCAGACAAUUAUUGAUUAAUCUCCAAAUUAGCUGCCUUCCUCUCACCUUCUAAGUCCUACUUUUGAAGACAUCAAUGAAUGAUACCGUGUGUGAAGACCUUCCAAGACAUGGUCCCUCCUCCACUGAAUGUGAGCCACAAGUAAAAUGCUCAAUCUAACCAGUACUCCUUACUUCAUGAUGGGAUGAAACUAGAUGUUUCAUGCACCUCAGUAUUUAUAACAUAAUUGAUAGACAAGUGGUGUCGCCCAUAAUAGAAAGUUUUUACUACAGUGGUAAAUGUAUUGCUUUCUGAAUCCUGUCUUUGUUCAGCAUGCCACUAUGCAGCCAAAUCCUACAAUAUCCCUGAGGUAAAAACCCGAAGAGUACUCUCCAACCCACUUUUUAUUCAGCCUUCCCUUGGGUUUUAGUCUUUUUUAAAGUGUCAGGAUAGCCUGCCUUUCUACUCCAUUUUGGUUCCUUUGAUGAUAUGUACAAAGCCAAGCACUGAAAUAAUCAAACCAUGGAAUAUGGUAGACAAAAUGUGUUAAGAAUGUAAGAAAUGCCUACCAACUAGUAGUGAUCCUGCCUAUCCUCCCAGAGCCCACGUUAUUUUACCUUCAUGAUGAGAACUGAUACUCCACAUAAUGAUUACAAAUAAUAGUUAACCCAGAGAGAAUUAAAAGGCUAAUAGUGCCCACAUUUUUAGAAAAUAUGAUAUGCAGCCAAGUGUGGUGGUUACACAAGGUGUGAAACAAUCGGGGGUGGGGGGAGGCACGGCAGAGUAAUUUACUAUAUACAGUAAUAACAGAUGUUGCCAGAGUGGCACACACCUACAAUCCCAAUUUAGGAGGUUUUAGUGAGGAGGAUUCAGAGUUUAAGGCCAGCCUGGGCUACAUAGUGAGACUGUGUCAAAACAAAAAGAUUAUGUGAUACAUAUUCACUACCAAUCCGUUAGACUACCAGGGAAGGAAAGCAACUAUUUUUAAUUUCACAUAAAAUACAAAAGGUAAUACGUUUAGAAACCAAAUACAGCUUAAAAGAUUUUUUAGUUAUAAUGGUGUAUUUGGGACUCAACAAAAAGUGAAUCUACAAUUUAUAUUUUUGGGGGGAGGGGUAAAUGAGCUGGGCUAGUUGGGCCUCACUAGCCACACACUGAAAUUACAUGCCAAGUUAUACUUACUUGUGGUGCUGGGGAUCAAACCCAGAGCCUUACACAUGCUAGGAAAGCACUCUAACCACCAAGCUACAGCUUUUAGCCUUUUUCCCCCCUUAAAGUAUUUGACUUUACUUCUCUACCCUGUUUCUCCUUACUGAAGUUCUGUUGUUUUCACUUUGGUCAUUACUUGGUUUUAAACAUCUAGAUUAUAAAAAAAGUGUAGCUAUCAAUAUUUUGAGUUACCCAAAUCAUCCAUUUUUAAGAAUUAAAAGCAUGUAUUUCUUUUUAGAGCUGAAUGCAGGAAUGUAAAUUCUGAAAAAUUAGUUAGUGUAUAUUUGAUUUUUUGGUAAAAGAUCAUACUAAAUAUAACCAUUGCCACCUAACUGGAAAUUGCAUCCCUGGACCCUUUAUAAAGUUAUGAUCUCAACACUAUUUAAUGAAAACAAGGAUUUAAAGCAAAACAUUAAUUGCCAAGGCAAUCAAAUAAAUAAAAUUCUGCAUAUUUUCCCUGUAUCUUAUCUGUCAAUGUAUUGUUCAAAGUGUUAAAAAAAAAAAAAACUUUUGGUUGAUAAAAUGAAGUAAGUCAUUUACUCAACUUUGAAAAUGUUGAAAUAAGUAUAUUUGAGUGGAGAUGACUGCAUGACUUGUUUUCCCCUUUUUGACAAACCAAAAUAAAGUUGUCAAACACA